UAAUGCAAAUACGUACAUGAAGACAACAAUUUUUCCAGAUAUCAAGAUUGAAUUGGACAGAAGUGAUUAUGUAAAACAGAGAUUAUGUUUAAUGAAAUCUCUUCAAAUACCUACCCUCUCUGAAGCAAAAAGCAAUUUAGGGUCGUGUUUGGCACAAAUACUCUUCGAUCAAUGUGAUGCUGCAUUGAAGGAAGAUUUCGGUCUAACUCCUUUGAAAGGAACUGGUGACGAGUUAUGGCUUUCCCCAAGCGAUCUUUUAAUUGGGAAGUUAGCACUGACGCCACCAUUCACAGGAAAGCAUAUACAAGCACUUACUCAUCAAGGAAUUCUCAAGAUUGGUGAAGAAAUAGAAAAAAAAUUUUGGAAUGAAACUAAAAUGCGCGAAGAAAACUAUUUUGAACUUAGAAAAAGACAUAUAGUGGACCAAUUUGAAGAGAUUUUCAGAAUUGAGACAAAAAAUAUUGAAACACGAGAACGUUUAUCUUAUCAGAAUCAAAUUCAGAAGAUGCUUGAAGAGUUCAAUGAAAUAUUACUUGAAGAAUUGAAUAACUUAGAAAAGAAAUUAAAAAGGGAACGAGAGGCAUCUCUGAGAAAUCAGAGAAUAUCAAUAAAUACUGAAUGGGAACUGAAAUUUAAAGAAGCGACUAAUACUACAGUGCAAAAAAUGACUGUAAAGUUUUUAGAUGAACUAGAUAGACAAAAAUCUGUGAUGAUAAAUAAUUUUAAAUUAGACUUACAAAAAGCAUAUCUACAGAAAGGUUAUGAUAUUAACAUGGAAAAAACCAAGUGUAAAGAAAGUAUAAAACAGUUAAGACAUAAUUUGGAAUGUAAAAAUAUUGCCAAUAUGAUGUAUGUAUUAUGUAUGGAACGAAGGAAAUGUUGCACUGAAAAGGAAAAAGUCGAACAAUAUUACGUGAAAGAAAUUAAAAAAUUAAAUAAGUUAAUAUCUGACAAAGAUCAUCGGAUAAAAACACUUACAGAAGAAACGAAUAAACAAAUAAUGGAAGUCAACUUGAGAGAGACUUGUUUAUUGGAAAUUAUAAGACAAUUUCAAAAGUUCAUUAAUUUUGCCUUGCGCGCAGCUCCUACGCAAGCAGAAUUUUUGUUGUCCAUUGAAAAAAUGAUGGCUUUUGAAUUAACAAAGACAGUCUUAAAAUCCAACUAUUCACGAUUGAGGCCCUGCAGUGAAAUUCUUCCUUGGAAAGAUCAAGAAAAGCCAAUAAACACCCCUAACGUUGUAGGAUUAGAGAUCGAGGACUAUCAUAACUGUCUUAAGGAAUUAACUCUUCUUCAUUCAGAAGAGGGUUUAGGAGAAGAGGAUUAUCUUCCUGCAUUCAAUUACAAAAAUAAAUUAUAUGUGCGGGAGGACUUUCGCAAUAUGAUAUCCCAAGGAAUUGAGAUAACGAAAAGUAAUGAGUUGUGGAGUAAGGAUGUUGAAAUAUUGAUUCAAACAUUGAGAAAAUCUGUGAGCAAUUUGAAAGAAGAGUCCGAAAGAUCCAUGUCAAAGAAAUCUAGUGUAAAGUCAGAACAGACUGCGCCUCCUAGAAGUAUUGAGGCUUCCAGUGUUCAAUUUAUGAUCCGUGAAUCCACGCCAAAAACUACCACAUGGAGUCACGACUCUUCUAGAAAACUGUCAGAAGAAAGGAGAGCAUCUCUAAAACCAGUUUUCAAUUCUCUGCAUAACAUAAAUUUUGCACAAAUUGGCACAGUUGAAAAGAAACCUGCUUUGAUAGCUGCCACAAAUUCUUUGGAACUAAUUCUAAAAAGGGGGUCUGUCAGAUAUUUGAAACCUAAAGAUGAAGUCGAAUUAGAAGAGCUUGAAGUAGAUGAACAUGACGAAAAAUUGCACACAUUAGUUAGAGAGACUCAAGGAUCUUUCAGCAUUUUAAAGAGAAAAGCUUCUGUUGAUGACGCUCCAUCCAUUAGAGAAAUGGGAGAAAGCUGUCAGUCAAGUAAAAAAACUUCCCCAAAACAGUCUGUGAAGGACGGUCUAGUGAUGGAUGCCAAAGAUUCAGUAAUAAUGAAAAAAGCAUCUUUACUGAAAAAGUCCGCCGAAUUUAAUAUCACGCCUAAUGAUUCCAUUGAAUUACGUAUAGAAUCAAAAAGUAACAUGAGGAGGAAGGCCUCUAAAUUAGUUACAGCAAAAAAUUCAUUAGAGCUUCUCAGAGAAUCUAGAACAAAGAUUGUUGACACACCCAUAUUAUAUUCUCCUAAAGAUUCAUCGAAGCAAAAAUCAAGUGUAAGCUGUGCCAAAACCAAAUGCAAUGACAAAUGUUCCCAGUCAAAAGAUGCAUACUUGGAUGAUUUAAUGGUUGAAGAUUUCAGAUAUAUAAGAAAAGAUUCCGCCGAAAGAUCGAUAAAAAUGUCUCAUAUAGAAGUCAUAAAAUUGGAAAACAGUAGUAGGGAGGCAAGUGUUUCUAUUAAUGCGAUACCCAUGAUAUAUGAUACUGGAAGUGCUGAUUACUCAACUGACUUAACAGACAUGUACAAAGAGAAACCAAAACCUAAAAAAACAAAAACGAAAAAAGUAGCACCUUCAAAGGGUAAGUCCCAAAAGUUGCCAAAAGCCUUGAAAGUUGUGGGAGACAUGAAUGCAAAGGAACAUCUGCAGACAACAAAUGAAUUUACAGAAGAACGGAUUCAUUCACUAAUUGAAUUAAUCAAAGAUAACCCAGCAUUGAUGCGGACAUUUACGGCUUGUACAAGAUGAAAUAAUAUACUUUUCACAUUUUAUUACUAUUGAUUAAUUAAUGAUUAAUAAGGGUUUAGGAUCAGAAAUUUGAACACAAAGUUCAUAUAAACAAAAAAUAAGAAGCUCUCGGAUAUCCUCCUAGAAAUUUCAGCAUAACAAAGUAGGUUUCUAAAUUUGAUAGAAAGUAGGUAUCAGUAAAUCCAAAUGCGAAUGGAAUUU